AAAAUACAUAAAAUCAUGAUUUUGGAGUAUUUGUAAUAGUCGAGAUUCGAACCCAAAAUAAAUUUGAAAUACAGUACAAUAGUGCACACGCACGGUCCACUAGGCCAUACAAAACGGAGACUGAAUACUGAUCAUGCCAGUGACAUGCAGAUUCUCCGGGUCAUGAAACGCUUCUGAAAUGAUCGAUGCUUUGAAUCGCUUUUGUCACGUGACCAAGUGUUUCGAAACACUUUAGUCACGUGACCUGGGUGUUUCGGAUCAUGCUUCGGUACAGUGUUUCGAAACACUUGUGCUUCGGGAUCUCGACACUGUGUCGAAACGUCAGUUUCACGUCAGCCAUCCCUAGAUAUCUCACUGGAUGAGAAUACAAAAGACCAAUUGAAAGUGAAAGAAAGAUCUAGAGAUAAUUUGGUUGAACGCUGAAGAAUGGCUUCUGUGAAAACAGUGUCUGUGGAAGACCUUACCUGUCCUGUGUGCUGUGAAAUCUACAAGAAUCCUGCAGUGCUGUCAUGUAGUCACAGUAUAUGUAAAGAGUGUGUUCAGCAGUUUUGGAGCCUGAGAAAUACUCUGGAGUGUCCUGUUUGCAGGAGACGAUCGUCCAGAGAUGAUCCUCCUUGUAAUCUUGUGUUGAAGAACUUGUGUGAGUCACUGACAGCAGACAGAGCUUCAGGGUCUGAGCUGGACUGCAGUUUUCACAAUGAGAAGCUCAAACUCUUCUGUUUGGAUGAUGAACAGCCUGUGUGUCUUGUGUGCAGAGAUUCACAAAAACACACCAAUCACAGGUUCAGACCUGUUGAUGAAGUUGUUCCAUCUUACAGGGAGCAGCUCAAAACAGCACUGGAAUCUUUAGAAGAGAAGCUUAAACACAAAGAAAAAAGUAAAGAAGAGUGUGAUAAAACAGUCCAGCAGUUAAAGACUCAGAGUGAGAGCACAGAGCGGCAGAUUAAAGAGGAGUUUAAGAAGCUUCAUCAAUUUCUGCACGAUGAAGAAGAAGCUUUAGUCUCUGCACUGAUGAAGGAGGAAGAGCAGAAGAGUGAGAUGAUGAAGAACAGGAUUGAGGAGAUGAACAGACAGAUCUCAGCUCUAGCAGAUACUAUAAAAGACAUAAAAGAAAAGAUGAAUGCCAGUGACACCUCAUUUCUACUCAGCUUUAAAGGCAUCAUGGGAAGAGCUCAGAGUUCACAGCAGCAGGAUCCACAGAGGAUUUCAGGAGCUUUGAUUAAUGUGGCAGAUUAUCUGAGAAACCUCACCUUCAGAGUCUGGAAGAAGAUGCAGCAACUUGUUUACAACACUGUUGUGACUUUGGACCCCAGCACGGCGCAUCCUAAUCUCACGGUGUCCGAUGAUCUGACCAGUGUGACUUACAAUUGGGUUUCUGCUGAUCCAGAGGCAAUGAGCUCCAUUCCCUGUGUUCUGGGUUCAGAAGGCUUUAACUCAGGAACACACUGGUGGGAUGUGGAGGUUGGAGACAAUUCCUGCUGGAGUGUUGGAAUAAUGACCGCACCAAAACAAAGGAAGAAAUAUAAUUUCCUUGAUACCGAGUUCUGGUGUGUAGAGUAUGUGAAUGGUGGAUUUUUAUCUCCAAUAUCAAAGAAAACCUGUUCUUGCUUUACCAUUAAGACAAAACUCCAGAUGGUAAGAGUGCAGCUGGACUGGGAACAAGGAAAGGUGACAUUCUCUGAUUCUAAAAAAAACACACCUUUAUGUUCAUUCACAUCACGCUUUAAGAAGACACUCUUUCCUUUCCUUUAUACUAACUGUUCAAAUUCUGCUCUGAGGAUUUUAUCAGUUGAAUAGUUUGCAACAAUAGAAAGCCAGAGAUUUCUGAUCCUUUAAAUUUAUUAGAAUUUUGAUUUUUCUUUAAUUUAUAUUUUAGAUGCAUUUAUUGUGAACAGAUAUUAUUGAUAUUUUAUAACAAGAAUGUUUUUCUAGUGCCAUUUAGCAUAAUGUAAUACAUUUAGUUUGGUAAAAAAAUUAUUCUUGAUAUUUUCAAUAAUUUAAUAAACAAACAAUAAAUGCUAACUGUUCACACAAAAGUAAUUUCAGAAUCAAAUUAGCUGUAAUAACUCAUUUCCAAAGAGCUUUAUUAUUAUAGGAAUCUUGUUUUCAAUGAGUUUUACCUAUCCUCAGAGCUGCUUAGAGAUUAAAUUAGUGCUGAUUAUAAUUGCACUUUUUGUGAUUUAGAAAUCAACCCAAUAGUAUUUGUUAUUUGUUCACUAAGCAGGUUUUUGUGGUCUGAUAUUGGCUUAAAAAUCAAUUAAAUAUCAAUUAUUUAACCUUUAACACAAUGAAGACCUUCAAUUGUCAUUUUGGGUGAACUUUUAUAGCUUUUUCAAAAAAGUGUGAAGUCCUGUAUUCACAUUUCGAGCAGUUGUUACUUUGUGGUAUUUGGCUCUUUAAAUCAUUAAUAAAUAGAUACUAAUCUGGGUGUAAAAAAAUGUUUUCCCCAACAUCAUGUCACCAUAACUGUAAUUAACAUAUUUUGUUCAGUUAACUAAAUGUUGGCUGCUUCUUGAUUGUAACAAAAUUCACAGUAGUCAUAAUGCCUGUAAAUACAUGUUUAAAAAUGUUAAUCGAUGCCAGUAACAUGUUAUUUUUAUUUAUGAGAAAUUAUUUUCUUUUUUUGGAUAAAACAUUGAUUAUGCCACAGUCAAGCUCCUUGUAUUUGGUAUUGUUUUCAAAACAACUAAUACACUUUUUGUCAGGGUUCUGCCACUUUGGUCUUGUAAAUUCUUGUUUUGGUGGCAGAGCUCUGACACUACUCAGGUCUGGUCCUGUUUC